UGUACAGGCCCAUAAGUCAAAUGGCCCAUUAUUGAUUCCUGCUUUGAAAGCUCCGUCCCUAACUCUUUACUGAGCCUAGACUUCCACUGUUCUCAAUCACCGCAAAAUUUGUUUAGUUUUACAUUUGAUUUUCGCUUAUUUCAACUAGGAGUUGAACACACAUAAAAUGGAGUACAAUUCUCGCUGAUCUUGAUUGGUUUAUGUGCGGAAAAUGAUUGUCUUGCCAAAUUCUGGUUUCUGCGCAACUCUAACUCGGGCACCUAUAGAUUCAUGUAAGAAAAAUCGAAGCUCCGAUUCUGUCACUCUCUCAAGAUCAACGUCAUUCAAGAUUGAAGCUAAAAGACGCUGCGAGUGCUAUGAUAUGCACAAGGAGCUAGUCCCCUAUGUUGAGGCCUGGUCAUUGCAGAAAUCCAUUGUCGAGGAGAGAAAAGCACUUGUUCAAAGAAAUGAAGAUUUUGUAGAAAACCUGAUUGUUUUGCAGCACCAUCCGGUUUAUACCUUGGGAGCUGCUGGCUCAGAAGAAUACUUGCGGUUUGAUCAAAAGAAUGCUCCUUUUGAUGUCUACAGAACGGAACGUGGUGGCGAAGUUACAUAUCAUGGGCCUGGUCAGAUAGUUAUGUACCCUAUUAUCAAUCUCCGUUACCAAAAGAUGGACCUUCAUUGGUACCUCAGGGCACUGGAAGAGGUGAUAAUUCGAGCUCUUUCUUCAUCGUUUUCUAUCAAAGCUUCACGGGUUGAAGGCUUGACUGGUGUUUGGGUUGGAGAUCAGAAGCUAGCUGCCAUUGGCAUUAAGGUUUCUCAAUGGAUCACAUUCCAUGGCCUAGCACUCAAUGUAACCACUGAUUUAGCAGCUUUUCAACAGAUAGUUCCCUGUGGAAUCCAGGAUCGUCGAGUUGGAAGCAUAAAGGAGCUGCAGAGUGGAGUUUCUUCCAAUUCAUGCAAUAAAAUUGAUGAUUCUCAGCUAAUGGAUAUUGCUUACAAAUCACUACUCAAGGAGUUUUGUGAACUUUUCCAAAUUGAUCUUUACUAUAAAUAAUGUUUUCAACAGGAUGCAACCCCUUACCUCCAUGCCAUAGUUUUUCUUUUUAAUUGAGUUCAUUUAGAUAUAUACAAAUUUUGUGUAACUCAAUACAGUUAUUUUAAAGAUUUAACUAUUUUAUCAUAGAUUGUUAGUUCUUGGUUUUGAA